AUGCUGUCCAUUCCGAUGUCGAUGUCGGACCUCUCGGUCCACCCGGUCACACAGGUACUUAUUGCUUGAUUUUCGAACUUUCUCAAAGAAAAAAGCAUGAAGAUGGCACUUAUUCUUAUGCAGAAUCAGCAACAGCAUCUCUUGGUGGAGGUGGUGCCCGAUGAUAAUGAAGAAGGUUUUUUACAAAUUUGAAAAAUCAACAAAAACAGCUCAUCUCCAUGGAGUACCCAAGUAUGCUGUACAAGGAGGCUGUGCUUUUCCUGUACUGCUCAGCAAUUACCGUCGAGCUGAUGACAAACAAGAAGAUGGUAAGAUUUUUUUCGUUCUGUGUUUUCCUGUGUUUCUUUUAGUUCCACACCUAUCUUUCCUGCAACACGCACCAGCACGGUGGAUGAGACAGCUUGAUCCGCUUCAUGAACGCUUUAUUUAGAUGAUCAUGAUAACUUACAAAAAAACACCACAACCCAGUUCACGUUCGCACACUCGUUUGUGCUCUCCCUGAUCCGGGCAUUUGGUAGUUACGGAUUCGUGCUCCCCCUGGUGUUGGGUCAACUCCCGAACCGAGCCUUCGAAAGUUGCGACACCUACCUGUGGACCCUGGCGGGCUCCAUGCUCUACGCAGGGUUUUUCCUGGCACACAUGGUUCCGGAGCGAUUCCACAAGUACCCCUGCGUGCUGCACCGAGUGGCCUACUCCGUCAUCCGCGGAAACAGUCUCGGGCACGGGUUCAGCAUGACGGUAUAGUGUGUGAUGAAUAUCGUUAACUACAGUUGAAGAUGCUGCUUGGCAAGAUAGUCCGCUUUACUUAGCAGAUGCAAAAUAAAUGCUGGAGCUUUUAGACACGAUCAGAAUCGCAUACAAAAAACUUUCGUCCAUGAAAACUCACACCAGGUCAACCUGAUCCCGAACAGCGCUCUGGCUCCGUUCUUCGGUGGUUUCAUUGCGGUUAACGGGCACCGGUUUCUGGAGUACGGCGUUGCCAUCCUCGCCAAGGACACCGUCGACACCGACGUUGUCUUCGGCGUGUUCGGCUCCUGCAUCUACUUCGUCGGCGUGCAGUACUUGAAAUGCCCAGCCUCCGUCGCACGCGCCGUUCUCGUGCUCUUCCACGUAUAUAUGGAGCUUGCUACUGCUUUAAGCAUGUGCAUAGACCUCGACGAGUUUGGAUCAUGCAAGCAUGAAUGAAAAAUUUUUUGCCGUUCGCUGGCAUACUUUCCUGAAAAAGAAAAUGUAGUACAAUUUCAAAAUCACUACUAUCUAUCACAGUUCUUCCUGGAGUGCGGCUAUGGUGACAAGCUGUCGGAGUACGUGAGCGAAAAGGCUACCGCCCUGAAGGAGAAGGUCACCGAGAAGUUCGGCAAGGUGUACGCCAAGCUCUUCAAGAAGGCGGCUGCCAAGUACCCGGCGGCCAAGGCUCCGGCCUCCAAGAGCAUGAAGCGUGGCCGCUCCAAGACCCCGGCCAAGAAGAAGUAAGCGACUUUCUUCUAUUUGGGGUGUGGAAUAGAAAAUGUGAGGAAAAAUUCGUCACAAGGGGAGGUGACACAAAACAAAUCUGGCGAUUCGUUUCUGACGCAAAAACUAAAUCUACCAUGAAGUUUCAAAUACAGUAUCCUAUGACUAAAUCAGACAAACCUAUUUUCGUUGAUGUACCAGUUUGCCGUUACACUUAGUCUUGACAGCCGUUGAAAGUAUACAGAACCGAAGCUGCCGUUGCCGAUAGUUUCACCAAUCAAAGCUAGCGUGACUCGAUGCUGUACCGCAGCUAGCCUCUACAGUAUACGCUGAUUUUCCUAAACCUUGCCGUCACCACUCUAUUCCUCUUGACCAGAAACAAGUUCUCUAGAAGUAACCAGGUAACCAGUUGUAACAAACACAUAGCAAAUAUCAGACAGGAAAUCAUUUCUAUUUCAGAUUCAGAUUCUAGCACGCUCUUGCACAGAGCUACAAAACCAGGUGAUACAGUGAUACUAGCCAAAUCGUUAUUCUAAGCUACCCGCGCUUCCGAUGCGCAGGUGAUGACCGAGGUGUAUCAAUAUGCUUAUCCAAGAAUAUGAAAUGCAAAUGCACUGUACACCAGAUAGUAGCUUGCACAGAAAGUAAAUUCGAUCGUCUCUCAGUUUCGAUUUUAAAUAAGAAAAACACUUUAAUACCGCAGCAAGGUCCUU